ACUGCCCACAGCUAUUGUCGGAAUAGGUCACAGAAAGUGCAACAGAUCAUACACUGCUUCUAGCUUGGCUUAGGUGCUUGCCACUUACAGACUAGUGCUAGCUUAGCUUUGUUAGGUACGUUUGAUCAUGGCGUUAGUGCGGGAGGCGAUGGCGAUGUAUGACGGAGGCUUCGUCGAAGCCGAGGUGUCUGCGUUCGACGCCCUCGGCUACGGCGGGGGCGUCGACGCGGCCGCGCUGUUCGACUUCGGGGGCUACGCCUACGUCCCCGCCCACGAAGAGCCGGCCGGCACCGCGAGCGCCUGCGUGCAGGACAGCGCGAGCUGGGCGGGCGCGGGGCGGUCCGUGCUCACGUUCGACCGGGCCGCCCGUGGCCACGGCGCGCAGGCGGUGGCGUCGGUGGUUGCGGACGACGAAGCCGACUACGACGCGUGGAUCGACGCCACGGACGAGGACGACCAGGCGGCCCCUGCGGCAUCGACAAUAGGCUUCGACCCGGCCUCGGGCUGCUUCAGCCUCACGCAGAGGUCCGGCGGCGCGCGCCGGCCGUUCGGGCUCCUGUUCCCUGGCACGUCCAGCGGCACGGGCUCGCCGGACACUGCUGCGCCGGCGCGUAUCUCCCAGAAACGGGUCAACGUGGUGCCCAUGCAGGGCGCGGAGCCGCGGGCCGCCAAGAGGCAGUGCGGCGCGAGCAGGAAGACGAGCAAGCUGAAGUCGCCAAAGCCCACCACCACCACUCCCCCCAAGGAACCGCAAAGCCACGCCGCAAAGAAUCGCCGGGAGAAGAUCAGCGAGCGGCUCCGGACGCUGCAGGAGCUGGUGCCCAACGGCACCAAGGUGGACAUGGUCACCAUGCUUGAGAAGGCCAUCAACUACGUCAAGUUUCUGCAGCUUCAAGUCAAGGUGCUCGCGACGGACGAGUUCUGGCCAGUGCAAGGGGUCAUGGCGCCGGAGAUCUCCCAAGUGAAGGAGGCGCUCGAUGCCAUCUUGUCGUCGACACCGCCCUCGGAGGGCCGAAUGAACUGAACUGGACUUGAACUAGCUAGAAAGAAACAAACAAACAACUUAGCUACAUCCUUAUAUAUAAGGAUACGUGUAGAAAUUAAUCUAUAGCGAACAACCUCGUUCGAAGAUAAAUAAGGAGGCAUCUGCAAUACAUCCCUCUUGUUUAUGGUCAUCAGGAUGUAACUUUCUUUUUAUCAGAGGACCUACCUAUAGA